AUGUCUUACCCACGAUGGGAACGUGCCCGAAUGGCUGCCGCUGAAAAGACUAAGUAUCAUUCUGUUAUUGUCGCCGAAUCGCCGAUAAAACCUUCCGAGGUGGGAGCUGCACUUGGAAGCCCUCUACGUCGACUCCGGCGAGCUUCCUCAUUCCUUAAUUGUGAACGAAUGUGUUCGUCAGUAGGUGGCUCUGACUCUUGUCUGCAGUCAAGAGCAGAGAGAUGGCAAAAGAAACAGCAAGAGGACGAAGCCAGUCUGAGUCAGUUUGGUUCAGUCUUUUCUGGCGCAUCUCCGCAUACAAAUCCCGUUCCGAGUAGCAACAACAAUGCUUGCAUGACCACACCACCAAAACACAUUAUAUCCUUAGCCGAAACGGCCAGUCCGAUUAUGCUGUCGACACCGACUUUACGAUCCUCACUGGUUUCCGGGACGGGGAUGACGACAGCACCAAAGAGUCGUCGGACGCGUGGCUUGACCACGGACCUCCGUGAAGUGCCCAUUUCCCCCCAUGUCUACGACGAGGCAGCCAUGUUUCUUGGGCAGGACGAAUUUCUUCGGCAGACCACACCAUCUCGGGAAACUGCUCUCCUUCAACGAACAAAGCGCCAACAAAACGAGCCUGUCUGUGUGCCAGCAAAGAAACGAAUCACCUUGAUGGAAUCGCCGUACAAGCCUGCGUCGAAUGACAGGACCGUCGGCACACCUGUUCUCCUAUCCCCCAGGAUGUCUGAUCGACGAACGCCUCUCUCGUCAAUCGACAACCACAGUACAAGUAGCAGUUUGCGAAACUACCACGAACGAAUUGAAUCCUCCUCUGGGUUCGAGUAA